UUCUCGUGACGUGCACUAAUCGUGCUCGUGCGGAUUGAGGUUGUGAUGUGCACGCGCAUUCAUAAGCGUAACCGGAACAGAGUCGUCAUCAGCGCGCUGGGUUUGUUCAAUAUGAUGACACACUUCUUUAGAUCUCAAGAAGGAUUGCGUCCAUGAAGAUGUGAUCUGACUUUCUGCAAUGGAUAUCACAGGAAGAUAAAAAAAAACUUCUGUUUAAAACCCCAAAUGAUAUGAUCGUUCUCCUCACACUCAUCUACUAAAGAGUUAAUUUUUGGCUUUCUGAAAGUUGUUUUUUAAUAUUACAUCAUCAAAACAAUGGUGGACAACCGCUAUGCCACAGCGCUGGUCAUCGGCUCUGUGCUGAGCCUUCUUGCCACCGUCUAUCUCUCUGUUGCAAUGGGAACGCAGCACUGGUACCAGUACCACAGUCAGCCGGCCAGCAACGAUUUCAACAACGGCUCAGACCUGCGGACCCUGUGGCAGGACUUUGAGGGAGAGGACGUGGAUGAGAGGAGCUACAGUGUUGCUUUGUUCCGGUUGAAUGGCACGCUGGGUCUCUGGUGGCGCUGCAUUCGGGUGCACCAAGACUCACACUGGUUUAAAGAGCCUGAUCCGAUAAUGGUGACUAAAUGUCAGGCCUUUACUUUGCCCCAGCAGUGGGAAUCCAAGUUCAUAUCUCCUGGAAAUAUUAACAGUGGAGAAGAUCUGCUGCGUACCUACCUGUGGAAGUGUCAGUUCCUGUUGCCGCUGGUCUCUGUUGGACUGGUGUUUCUCGCGGCAUUGAUCGGAGUGUGUGCCUGUCUUUGCCGCAGUGUCACUCCCACCCUGUUCGUAGGGAUCCUGCAUCUGCUGGCCGGCCUGUGUACUGUGGCCACCGUAUGCUGUUUCCUCGCGGGCGUGCAUCUGCUACAUAAUAUAUCAGAGCUUCCCGAGGGUAUGGACUACUCUCCGGGCUGGUCCUUGUUUUUGGCCCUGAUCUCGUCUCCGCUGCAGAUCAUGGCUGCUGCGCUCUUCAUAUGGGCUGCGAGGAGUCACCGCCAACACUACACUCGAAUGACAGCCUACAGGGUUGCCUAGGCAACAGAGUACUAACUGUAGAGUUGCCAAAGCGAUUGUCUGCUCUCACAGAAAGCGCACAGCUUCAGCAACUGCUUUUACCACUAACCUAGUAGGUGUUAUUUGCAAACGUUAUGAAGGAAACAGUCUGAACACACCACCCAAAGUUAGUAGGUUAAACCAGCGCCGUCCACUCAUAGCACUCUCCUGUGAAUACUUGCAUCUCUUGAAGGAUCCUCCUACUUUAUAACUGCCUUUUUAACCACUCUGUUAACAUCUUUGCUGUUUGAGAUGAGAAACUAAACCGCUACCACAGCAAAUCAGACUCAAAAGCAUCUAUAAUAAUCAGUGACACUCCACUAGUUCUUCAGGGCUUCAUCAUUUAUUUGGUCACAUUUUACCUGUUGACUAAACUUAUUUAGAUGUGUUAGUUUCGUUUCCUCUUUGUGUUUUUAAAAAAAACACCUCUGUUUUUAUUCCGCCUGUUUUGUAGCUACUCUAGCGCAUUUUAGCACUUUGCAAUCCCAAGAUGCACUAGGGUUUUUGCCUUGGACUAAAAGACUGAAUGUUUGCAUCUGUCAUUACCACUCGAGCCUUUUGUGUUUUCCUGAACAUUUGUUGUGCUUAUUUAUUGCUUUGUUUCUUGUGCUUUGCAUUGGUUAAACUGUUUACCAUUUAGUCUCUCUUUGAGAAUGUAUUACAUUAUGAAUAUUACACUUGUUUGGUAACUU